GCAAAACAUAUGUACGACCAUCCAAGUUGUUCUAAUUUAACAUUUGCUUGGCAAAAGCGCUAGUUUUAUAAAUUAAAAUAAAAAAUUUAAAUUUAGAAAAAAUGCCAAGUGAAAUAAUUACAUUGCAGCUAGGACAAUGCGGAAACCAAAUUGGGUUUGAGUUCUGGAAGCGGCUAUGCCUGGAGCACGGCAUUUCACCGAGCGGUGUUCUAGAAGAUUACGCAACCGAUGGCUUAGAUCGAAAGGAUGUAUUCUUUUAUCAGGCUGAUGAUAAUCACUAUAUACCGCGAGCGGUGCUACUUGAUUUGGAGCCACGAGUCAUACACACUAUAAUGACAUCGUCGCAUGCCAAGCUCUAUAAUCCCGAAAACAUCUAUUUAUCCAAGCAUGGUGGUGGUGCUGGCAACAAUUGGGCUUCAGGCUUCAGUCAAGGUGAGAAGUUACAUGAAGAAGUUUUCGAUAUAAUCGAUCGAGAGGCAGAUGGCAGUGAUUCGCUAGAGGGUUUUGUACUCUGCCAUUCAAUAGCUGGAGGCACAGGUUCGGGUAUGGGUUCAUAUAUUAUGGAACGAUUGGCAGAUCGUUUUCCCAAGAAAUUACUACAGACGUACAGCGUAUUUCCCAAUCAGGAUGAGAUAAGUGAUGUUGUCGUACAACCGUAUAAUUCAUUGCUCACGCUAAAACGUCUCACCAAUAGUGCCGAUUGUGUAGUGGUGUUGGAUAAUACUGCCUUGAAUCGAAUUGCUGCAGACCGUUUACAUAUCGAAAAUCCAACAUUUGCACAAAUUAAUAAUCUGGUCUCGACCAUAAUGUCGGUUAGCACAACUACUUUGCGUUAUCCUUCUUAUAUGAACAAUAACCUGAUUGGAUUGACAGCGCCGCUAAUACCAACACCACAAUUGCAUUUCCUGAUGACGGGCUAUACGCCUUUAACCACUGAAAAUGAUCCCAACUCGAAUGUUCGCAAAACAACUGUAUUGGAUGUAAUGCGCCGGCUAUUGCAACCAAAAAAUAUGAUGGUAUCUUCGGGGCCAGAUAAGACCAAUCAUCAUUGCUACAUCUCCAUAUUAAAUAUUAUUCAGGGCGAAGUCGAUCCCACACAGGUGCACAAGUCGCUUCAACGGAUACGUGAGCGCAAGCUAGCCCAAUUCAUACCCUGGGGUCCAGCGAGCAUACAGGUAGCCUUAUCACGCAGCUCACCGUAUGUUCAAAGUAAUCACAAGGUCUCUGGGUUGAUGAUGGCCAAUCAUACCGGUAUUACCUCCCUAUUCAAUCGUGCUUUAGCACAGUAUGAUAAAUUGCGCAAACGGGGUGCUUUUUUGGACCAAUUUCGCCGAGAAGAUAUGUUCAAGGAGGAUUUGACGGAGUUAGAUAAAUCAAGACAGGUGCUGGAUUGCCUUUCGCAAGAGUAUGAAGCUGCAACGCGUCCAAAUUAUUUACAAUGGAGCCCAACAGAUACUGAGCAAAGUUACUGA